CGAGAAGUUGCUGUGCUCUGCCGGUGCUCGUUCAGGUCCUUCCCUCCCAAAUCCAACUGCUAGACACCACGCCGUGCUAGCUCCUCUACGCCGUCCCCCGUUUCCGGCGAGGAGCAUCGUCUGGGCUCCUGUUCGUGUGAUAGUGCGAGGAAGUCCCACUUCCAGUUGGAAGCUGCUACUCCCCGUUGCUUCUCAGACCAGAAUGGGUAGCUGAGGUACUAGCGUUUUUAUCCGGUGCACCAAGUAUUUCCUUAGGAGGAUACGCUGACUUUCAGAUGCUGCACCAAAAAGGUUAUGGUGCCCAUCCCCGGUCAUUGUGCAGUCUUACAUGGCAGUGGGGAGUAAUGGAAAGCUGGGAGAUAGAUGAGGAGUAAAUUUCCUAACGAGUAGACCCAAAUAAGAUCUGGAGAAGAACAAUGGAUAGCCGUAAUUCAUGGCCGGAAGUAAAGCGCAUCAAUAACUAUGCCGCGUUUUCGGGGUGCCUGGCGAUGGUAAUCAGAGGAUUGGGCUAUCUAGUGGUUACCUGGUCCACUGUCGUUCUUCUCGGUGGCUUCGUCUCUCUACUCCAGAAGAAGGAUUUUUUUGCUCUCACAAUAAUUACAUUCAUUCAGAUAGCCGGGGUGGUCGAUAACCUUGCUGGUGACAAGUGGAACUCAGCUGCAAGGUCAGCAUCGGGACUGAAUGCGGUGGCCGCGGUUUUUGUGCGGAACCGGCAGGAUAGUGCAACGCCAUCAGCAAAUAUCCUGAGACUGGUAGUGAGUGUUAAACAAAUUCUAGGAUGGAUCGUAUCGCUUCUCCAACAAGCGGUGUACAUAGCUCUGUUUUUGUUCGGUGCUUUCUAUGUCAUACUUUGGGGGUUGUACUCGGCCGCCGGGAUUUCCCUGUUGCGUCUAAAACGGCACGAUUACGGGGACGCGGAUGGAGAUCCUAGCAAAGCAAACAUGAAUCUGGCCCUUGACGUCUUGUACAAAAUCGUCGUGGUCCAAUGUGCAAUCUUGCUCUAUAGAAGAAUAAUCAAUGCUCUUGUGGAGAAAAGGUUAGUAACGGAAGUGGCUGAAGCAUACGGCUUCAAAGGUCCUACUGUCACAUUAGUUGAGGAUUACAUGAAAGAAACCCGGAGGGGAUGUGCGAAGAACCCUUCCUUCGCCAAAGGAAGGAACCUGGUGACAUAUGCUGUGGACCUGAUGGGGCCUGAUAAGUCGCCUGCAGACUACGCCUCCGGGUUAACCAUCCUCAGCACAAUCUUUGGGCCACUGUGCCGGGUGAAAGUGAAACCAAGCAAGUUUCAGGAGCAGCGCGGCAUAAUACGAUAUCUGAUCUUGUACGCACCCUCCAGCCACAUCUUCCGUCUCCUUUUGGUCCUAUCGAAUCCGAGAAGCAGCCCAUAUGGUAGUGAGAGGCCAGAAACUCAGAUAAUUACCUCUCAACUAAGAGAGACAAGGAAGCACGCUGCAAACAUGGUGUUGCACCUGGCCGACGGGGUCAGUGUGGAGCAGCUUCCCCAAGUGAUCCAGUGCAUAUCCUCACUAAUCAGCACAUUUAAAGAACAUCAACGAUUUUUUUUCACACACAGUGAUUAUGCCAAGGAGGAGGAGGACUACCUGGAGCGGUUGUGGGAAUGUCUGCACGUUCUUUACGUGCUUGCAGCCAACGAGAACAACUGUAGACUCAUCAUCCACACUCGAGGUCUGCUCACCAAGAUCAUGACACCUCUAGCCUCCAACCUUUACCACCAAACUGAUCAUGAUACUUGGGAAAACGUACUAAAGGAAUCACUGAAAGUGAUAAACCGGCUCACAGCUACUUAUGGUCAUGGGGAAGGGGAAACAGGCAGCAAGCUGGUUCGGGAAAUCGAAACCAACCUGGAAAUGGAGGCAGUGGAAACCAUGAUGAGUGUUCUCAGGUGUGACAAAUGUUCUCAAAAGAUGGGAACAUUGACCAUGGGGAUUCUCACCAAUCUACACGUGCAGAUGCAGACCGCAGACAAAGUAUAUUUAAUCGAGAUGCUCGUACACAUGUACACUACUGCCAACUCCAGAACAUCAGCACUUGAAGCACUGGCGAAACUAUGUUUCCAGGACGGGAGUAAUGCCACGAUUAUCUUACAAGUAAAUGGUUCUGCAGUUUCCUCUUUCACAGAGGACCUUAAAGCUUUAAACUAUGGGUACCAUAGUGUAGCAGAAAUUCUACAGCAUGCAUGUCUUCAUUACACCAAUGAUGAUGAAUGCCUAAGGAUACUCAAGGAAUCCAUGACCGACGUAAUUCCGAAGGUGCUCAACAAAAUACUUACAACAGGUGCUUUGCAAAGUAAGGUCAAGAACAGGAGACUUCAAACAAAACGGAAAACAGAGACAUCUCUAUUAUCCCUUUGUGUGACAGUACACGAGACACUCAUCAGCGCUGAUCAGCAUUUGGCUCUUCAGUUUGAUGGCGCAAUCGGUGAACUUAGCCUUCCAGUGAAGCUCAGGGAGAUGGUUGAAAGAAACAGUAAACCCACGGCCAGUUGCCUGAAAAUACAUAAGCUUACCAGCAGGAUGGUCAUAUCAAUGAUGAAAUGCAGAGGUAGCAGAUACCCGAAACCAGAUUUGGAGAGCUUGGUGGAAGCACUGUUGAAGGCUUGUAGCAGAAACAUGUAUUUUAUUGACAGAUCCAUGGAUUUCGCAAGAGGUGACAACGCAGCAAAACCAAGCACUACCAGAAUAACUGCUUGCGCCGACGGCCUCAUCUAUGCCGACGGGGGGCCGUCGGCAUAGAUGGACCUAUGCCGACGGCCAAAGACAGGCCGUAGGCGUAGAAAAGCCGUCGGCGUACAUCCAUCUAUGCCGACGGGGCCGUCGGCAUAGACGGGGCCGUCGGGACCGCUUGAGAUACGCCUACGGGGACCGUCGGCAUAGCCCGGGCCCACCUACCUGGUCAGCGCUGACCGUUUGACGGCGUUGAAGCUACGCCGACGGGAGGUAACGGCGGCCGUCGGCAUAUCUAUGGCAGAGGUAUGCCUACAGCAAGGCCGUCGGCAUAGACCGGGCCCAUGCCCCUCUGCCACGUCAUCGAUCCGUGUGCGCAGCUCUUGCCGUCGGCAUAUGUUUAUCUAGUUUUAUUUUUAAUUUUGCUUUAUACUAUCUAUGGUGAAGGUAUGCCUACGGCAUAGCCGUCGGCAUAGGCCCCUCUGCCACGUCAUCGAUCCGUGUGCCAUGCCACGUCAUCGAUCCGUGGGACUG